AUGGCCGCCCGCUUUGUCUGUUGGAAGUGGGAGGAAUUGCAAGAGAAGUUCUUGAGGGAACUGUUUACAGCGUGUUAUCCCAGAGUGUCAGCAGGAGCCUCACCUCUGACACGAACAGGGAUCAGAAGCUCCAAAGAGGGGGAGACGGGAGAUCGGAAUCUGAGAACAAGAGAUUGGAAUGUUCUAACAAUGGAUCAGAAUGUGAGAACAAUAGGCUGGAAUGUUGUAACGAUGGACAGGGAUUUAUCCUGGUCUCUUUUCAUACUUUCUUUGGUGCCUCUGUCAGCAUAUUGGAUAGAGAACCUGAUUUAUGUUAUCCAGCACUUUUACUAUCCCAUCCUGGCCAUUGUUGGAGUCCCUGGUAACGUAAUGACAAUUUUCAUACUGCUUUGCAGAAACUGUGGGCUGUCUAAAUGUAUCACUCAUUACCUGCUGGCUAUGGCCAUCGCGGAUCUAACAGUCAUUAUUCUUGACCUGAUACUGAGACAUAUUCCGAUCGUUUAUUCAGUUUACUCCCUGAUGUCCCUCCCUGUGUGUAAUAUCCACGCUGUCCUGCUUUAUGCAGCCACUGACUGUUCGGUCUGGUUCACCGUCACUUUCACCUUUGAUCGAUUUGUGGCCAUUUGCUACCCACAUCUGAAAAGUAGGUACUGCAGGGAGAGAAUGGUCGCUGUGUUUCUGGGAGCAGUGACUGCCAUCAGUUGUUUUAAGAAUAUAUUCUGGUAUUUUAUGUUUUGGGGUUAUUAUCGGCGAUAUAAUGCCCCUUGGUUUUGUUUGGUCACAUCAGCUGCUCAGUGGUCUCUCGUUUAUGGUGCAAUCGAGUUCCUCCAUAACAUCCUAAACCCAUGUGUUCCAUUUGUCCUGAUAUUGCUGCUUAAUCUUUUCACGGUCAGGCACAUUUUAGUGACCAGCAGGGCCCGCAGGAGAGUUCGGGCUCACAGCAGCACAGAGAAUCCCAGAGACCAAGAGAUGGAGAGCCGAAGGAAAUCUAUGAUCUUGCUGUUUCUUCUCUCAGCCAAUUUCAUCCUCUUAUGGUCAUUGUUUCUGUUUUAUUCUGUGUGGUGGCGGAUGUAUUCUCUGGGCUUUGUGCCUCUCUAUCUUUACUCUUUUGUACAGGAAUUGGGCUUCAUGCUGCAGCUCCUCAGUUGCUGCACAAACACUGCAAUUUAUGCUGUGACCCAAACGAGAUUCAGAAAGCAGUUGAAGAAUGUACUGUCAUAUCCAUUUACUCAUAUUUAUCUGUUAAUUAAAUACAUUUAUUAA